AUGUCCGAUUCAACAUCAGAAUACGAAGUUUAUUACCCGGAGAAUGAUUUAUUGGUUCAAUUAGAGGUUAAUAGCGAGGCAUACUCUUAUUUAGAGUAUGUCACGCUGGAAUAUCCCUCACAAACCAUCAUCACACACAGAAACAAAGUUCUGGUGGCCCAAGGCGGUGAGAGCGCAUCGAUUGUUGAGCUGACAUUCAAAAAUUUGAGAAAAAACGCGAAGUUCAAGCACAAACAGAGGAAUUUGAAGGGAAACGUGAACAGAAUACGCUCGAAUUCGAAUAUGAUAAUAGCGGUGGGCGAUGAUAUGGCAUAUUUUAUGAACAACAAGCUUGAAAUAGACGUAGAGUUGAUAAAUACAUUCUCAUAUGGCCUGGUGCUUACAAACGACUACAUCUUCCUGACCACACAGGAAGGUGAGAUCAUCAAGAUGGACAUCGUUGACCAGAGCAAGGACGUGUUUCAGGUGCACAGCAAGGGAAUCGACGGUCUUGCAUUCGCUAACGGUCUCUUAUUCUCAGCAAGCAAUGAUAACACGCUGAAGGUAACAGACAUAAGAAGCGAACAGACGGUUUAUACGUACCAGUCCGAUGUUAAUAUCAACUCAGUGGAUGCAACCAACGACAAUUUUCUGUUUGGCGAUGACUCGGGCACGGUGUUUCUCAGCGAAAUGAGGAAUUUUAAGAACAUGGAGAAAAUACACUGGCACAAAUCACCGAUCAGUGCGGUCAAAUUCAAGGAUGCUGACGUGUUCUGCACGCUUUCGGAUGAGCAGGUGUGUCUGUGGGACAGGGGCUUUGAGGAGGACUGGGAGUACCACAAGUACUUGUACUUCGUUCAUCAGGGGCAGAACUACUACAAGGAGUGUACGUUUCUUGAUGAGUAUAUCAUAACAACAUCACAGGAUGGAUUGGCUAUUUUUAAGCCGGUUGAGGAGGCAGGUGACACCUACGUUGAGUGAUACGUAAUUAAAAUGCGUUAGAUCUGUUACAAAUCGUAGCGAAGCGUGCA